AUGAACGACCAUCGCAUGAGCAUCAUGGCGCUUUGCAAUGCCGAGGAGCCGGUGGUCUCGAUCAAUUCUUGUGCCACUGGAACAUCGUCCCUUCCUCCUAUUGUUCCCAUGUAUUGUUAUACUGGUAACAACAUCAAGCAGAUUACAACUGCAGUUGUUAAUGCCUCGAAUGGCAAACCACCGACUAGAAAACGCUCCAAUAGCGAACGUGGGAAGCUCUAUCGCUCACGUCAAAAGAACUACGUGCAAACGCUCGAGAAGCACGUGAAGCAGCUUAAGAGAGAAGUUGACAACCUCGACCUUCGUGGUCAUUCACGGCAGCGAGUUGCGACUUGGUCAAUCAAACGCCAACCCAUGGGUGCAUCAUUUGCCAGUGUCGUACACGAAUACUUUUCGCUUUUCAAAUAUGGAGUGCCUGUGGCUAAGCAAGGUGGCGUCAGAAAUCUUUCACAGGACCGGUUACUCUCGUCGAGCCAGGCAGGCUUUUUGAAUGGGCUCAUGCACCCGAACGUGGUGUUUGGUGGCUCGUACGGCAUGCACGAGCUGCUGAACCAAUGGGAGAAAUACUCGUUGUAUCAUGCGGGGCUCAAGUACGAGGUCAAGUCCUUGCAAAUUAUGGCAGCGGACUUAAAUUAUGUGGUGCGUGCUUCCGCCACGCUUUGCGUGCGCUUUACACGUCGAACCAUUGAGAAGAUUUUUCCUCAUUUGCUCUGGAACGAGGCGCUCGUGCAACGCCUUAUUGGCAAGGAGUUCAUAUACCCUGUGAGUGACACCUUUUACUUUGGUGACGACAACAAGAUUUAUCGACUUGAUACAUACGUGGACUUUGUGGCCACUUUUGUGAAAGUACUGGGCAAUAUCGAGGACAGCAUGACUAUGAUGGAGAGCGCACUUAUUCGGCAGGAGUCCAUGAUCGGCGAUCUGAUCGAAGAACCGCGCAGCAUCACGGUGGAAGAAACUAGCAGAACACGUUAA